UUCACCUCCUUGCUCGAGUGCUUGAACGGUACCCAAAGAACCUCAGAGGCUUCAGGCUGCAAGCGAUAGGCGCCCCCACAGACUUUUGUACGGUGCCGAGGCAUCAUAGCCCAAGUGCUGUCCGUUAGCAGCCUCGAGACGCUUGGUCAUUUCGUCGCGCGACCUACUGGACGACAUCGACAGCUCACAAGGCGCAGCCUGACGAUGACCUGCAUCGCAUGAGCCACUGUCGCGCCCUCGCUCCAGCAUAAGAAUAGAGACGGGCCUGAGCAGGCCUCAGGAGACCGUGCGCAUCUCAAAUGCCCGCGUAAAGCUAGCGUGCAGCGACGGCUUCAAAACUUCAUCGACACCCAGAGCUGAGCCGGUCGUCGCAGGCUGGCCGAUCAGACCAAAAUGACUUCAAGCGUGUCUGCGCCAAUGAAUACCACGGCGAGCAGCACAGGCUCAGCUCCUAGCGCGUCAUCGCCAUCCAGCCAGCGCCUCCUGUCUCGAAGCCCUGAAAGGCUCAGCAGAGACAGCACGACGCUCAAAGACUCAUCAGCUAAGGCUGUCAAUCGCGAAGGUUCUUCUUCAACUCAGAGCAGCCGUCCCAGGGUCUUCAGGAGCCUGUCGGUCUCGCUGUCCAACAAGCAUAUCGCGAAAGCUGCGCCUAGAGCAGACAUAGAUCUGUACUCGGCUGGGGAGCAUCCUCAGCCAAGUAGCGAUCGACCCAGUUCUUCCCGACAUACAAGCAUGACGGCCAUACUCAACUCUUUGUCUACAACUCGUUUACCGUCAAGCUUAUCCGUCAGAAGCAAGCCCUCUCGCGCGCUCGAUACUAACGCUUCAUCUGUGGCCAUGUCACCGGAGAGUUCAAGUCAGUCUGUCGACUUUGUAGAGACUACCAGUCUGGCUGCGGCAAAAGCGCUCGCAGCUUACUACAAUUCGCACAUCGACACCGCCCAGCACCCUUCACGACCAGUCUCGCCUCCGCAGCCAUCUACCCCAGAGCUCAAUGCUUCCAAUGCGUCGAGGGAGGUCCUCGACAGCGGCGCUUCGUACAUCGUCUCUGUCCGCAGCAUCGACGGCGGCAGACCCGUCUAUCGCAUCAGACCUCGAUCCCCACCGACAAGCGUGACCGCACUCCCUGGCGAUGUAUCUCCACUUCGUCCAGACACUUUCCUUAAAGGCAGCGAGACGACGCGCUCGAUACUUGGCCACUCCUCUGAGCCAUACGUCCGUCCUAGACGGACGAGCAACGGUCUCGCGGCAGCUGCAGCUCUGCGCAAGCCACUACGCAUCUAUAGAUCCAUUCCAGGCCUUCGUGGUCAAGCUUCGCGCGACAAGGUUGGCCGCGAGCGCGCGAGCGACGAAUCUACCGGCAGCACACAAUUUAGGACAGUGCCGCGCAUCAUGCCGGAUGCUGCCGGCUACUUUAGGCCAUGCCAACAUGCUGACGCUUCAGAGCCAGGCUCGCCACAGCCUAUCGAUGAAGCAUAUGCCCCUGCUACCGGCAUGCUCACGCCUGCUUAUAGGUUGCACCGUCGACGCAGUGAUACGACUACGUGCGAUGUCUUCGGUGCACUGCUAGGCUGGCAGCAAUCGGAUGUACAAGCGACAGCGACUGAACCGGACGGGCCCCAUAAUCCGUUGGCUGCCUGUCAUCAAGUCAAGCCGGCGGUUUCGUCAGACUCAAUGCGCACCGCCAAGGCAGAUCCAGAUGCUCCUGCAGGUGUAUCCGAGUCCACUUAUCAGGCUUUUCGCCUCUUCUCGGACCUUGGCGCAGCUGAUCCUUCGGGUCCUGCGCGCAUAUGGGCGGAAGACGGACGCUUCGCGGUCUACGCCCUCAAUCAAGAGAACGAUACUCGCAUCUCGAGCGAAGAGGCGGCAGCUAUUGCGCCCUCGCGACGCUGGAGCGCCAUGCUUGCCCUCUAUGCUCAAGCACGUUCGAAUCAUCGAACGCGCGACAGAGUCGCUAUGAUGACUAGUGACACAAGUUUGCUCGCAGCUGCAACUAUCGAACGAUGGAUCGCAGAGGUGACUAGCAGGUCUCAUCCCGACACGCUCGCUACGUUCUUCCUUACUUAUCGCCAAUUUUCCACCCCAGAGACGUGUCUGGAUAUGUUGCUCGCUCGCUUCGAUUGUACAUUGCUACACGAGCAUGACUCCAGCGCUCACACUAUCGUUCGUAUUCGCACCUUCGUUGCGCUUCGCUUCUGGCUGCUCAACUAUUUCCGCGAGGACUAUCUGCCGAACCGAUAUUUACGCCUAACUUUAGCAGCCUGGAUCAACGACAUUGCGCAAAAUCCGAAGAUCCGAGAAUCUGCGAAAGACCAUAGUCUGAUCAAGAACCUCAAGAAAAUCAUAAGACGUCUGCGCGAAGCCUUUGCCGGCUUGCAGUAUAGUAUAGAUGCGGCCGGGAUGCGCUCUGCAUCCUCUGCUGGCUCAGCAAAAGCAUCGAACAAUGCUCCGGACUUGUCCACGCUCGAAGAAGAGGCCUCGGCAGAUCUAGACUUCGACAUGAUUUCCGAGCAACCGACUAUCAAUGCUGGUCGAAUACCGUAUGUCACUCUUAUCGGUAUUGAAGUAGACCAGGCCUCGUCUACUCAGACGUCGCCGCUCAGCAGGCCGAGCGUCGACUCGCAAUCAACGAAUAGCUACACAGACAUCUUUCGUCCGUCAGACUUGCCCAACCAAAGCAGGCUCGCAUCGACAGCGGUAGAAGUGCGCUGGAGCUCGUCAGACAAGGGUAAAUCUUUUAGCGAGCAUAACACGCCCGCUACUUCGGAGAGUGAGCGCUUCUCCUCCGACAACGAUAGACCCAACGAGAUCUGCGGUGCCCCAGAGUCGGUAGGAAGCAACAACGUUGAAACGCGAGGCAGCGUAGAAUUGCCAGGCCUUUUUGCCGCCUCGCGAUGGAAGACGACUCGGCAGACUGACAGCAGGAUUGUGCAACUAGAUGAUCUAGACCUGUCCGACGAUUCAGACAUUGAUUCCGCUAUCUUGGAAGAGUCAAAAGUACGUCGCAAGCCAGGCAUGCAAGGCUUAAAGCUUCGGCGACUCGACGCAGCUUUUGAGCAGGAUAUAGCGACGAGCAGGUCCGAAAGCGCAGACGAUGCUAGCAUCAGCAGCAAAGCGGACAGCUCGCAAGGAUUGCCAAAGCCACAAGCCCCAAUAAUUCCCAAUUUUGUUUCCGAAGGCCUAUGGGAUUCCGACGAGGAAGAAGAAGGAGACGUGCAGGCAGCUCUGCGGCGACUUGAGGGCGACAUAGACCCUUCUGCACAAGAGCAGAAAGCUUUGCGCGUGGAAGCACAAAUGCAAAAGUCUCAAGAUGCCCUGUUGCCUAAUGCACAGGCUCGCGGUGCUGCCAUGCCCAGCUCUGAUGACGAUGGCGAUGACGACGACGACGACGAGUACGACGAGACUGUGGAAGGUACGCCGCAAGGUGACGACAUUACGUCUGAUGCAGACCCCAACCGAGCCGACAGCGCAAUUGGCUUUACGCCUCGACGCGCAAGUGUUACCGACGCGACUCCCGCAACGCCUUCAUCGCAGAGUCUCACAUCAAGCCAGUCCAGAUCCGCCUCAGUCGAUCUGCCCAGUCAGAGCAUUAUUCCUCGGCUCGACGCACCCUUUCAACAGCGUAGGACUAUUGCGCGGCUCCACAUACUCGCUUGCAAGACUUCUGUCCUCGCUGAGCAAUUCGCGCUCAUCGAGGCCGACUUACUACAAGCCGUCACGUAUCAAGAUCUGCUCGGAGGUGACUGGAAGAGUGCCACUCCUCGUGUCUUGGACUGGGCGAGUUACCUCAAAGAACGUGCACGGGCGAAAGCCCAGGGCAAUAUACAAGACAGCGCGGUUGCUGCCAUCAUAGCGCGAUUCAAUCUAAUUGCCAACUGGACAGCAUCCGAGGUCACAAAUGUCGUCAAUCUCGAGAGCAGAACAGCCGUCCUGUCCAAAUUGAUCAGACUGGCAUGGAAAUCGUACCAGUUAUCAAAUCUGCAGACGAUGACGCAGAUCAUACACGGACUGCAGACAGAUCCUGUCAUUCGCCUGCGCAGGACGUGGCACAGAUUACCAGGCUGGGAAACUAAGCUCUUCAACAACCUCAAGAUCCUGGCAUCGUCAUCGCAUGACUUUCGCCUCCUUCGCCUUAAGCACGGCGAGCUCUUGAGGUCCUCGCAACCGGCAGCGAUGACGAAGCAAUCCUUGAAGAGCGCUUUACGGAGUCCGAGCACAGCUUGCAUACCCUUCAUGGGCGUGGCUUUGCGCGAUCUUGCCUCUCUCGCUGAGCAAGAGAACACUGUGACGCGGUGCACAGCUCCAGACGCCAUGAUAGCUCCAUCGGUCGAGCCAUUACCUCCUGGCUGCUCAGAUGUCGCGGCUUCUCUGACUCUCUCGCCAUUGCUGAAUGUUCAAAAGGCGCGUCAGCAAGCCAAUUUGAUCCAGCAGACCCUCCUUGCACAGGAGCUCGCCGCUCUUUAUCCCUUCGAUCCUGAAGCGCAGCUAUUCAGGCGCUGCCUAACUGUCACUGCGGUCGACCGCAAAACCCUCGCAAAACGAUCGCUAGCUUGUGAACCGUAGACGUGAAAUCAACGACUGUUGUGCCAAUAUUAUGCCUUAGACGAACA